AUGAAGUGCUUCGAGAAUUGUAAAUUGUUAGAAAACAUCAUCCUUCCUAGUUCAGUCACAACUAUUCAAGAGUAUGCAUUUUCAGGCUGUGUUAAUAUUGGUGACAUUGGUCUUUCAUCCACACAGAUCUCAACCAUCGACACUUAUGCAUUCAAAAACAGCGGAAUCACUAUCCUUGAUAAUACUCACAACGUCAUCAGCUUUGGCUACGGAUCAUUCUACGGAAGCUCCAUUGAGAGUAUCACAUUCCGCACAGUCACUAUUCCAUCUAGCUGCUUCUUCGGGUGCUCAUUGCUCACUUCGAUCAACAUUGUCUCUGUCGACACCAUCGAAGACUCAUCAUUCGAGAACUGCGUUUCACUCACAACAUUUGUUAUUCCUAGCAGUCUUCGCAUUGUCAAGUCUUUUGCAUUCCGGAGUUGCCUCUCUCUUUCCUCAGUCACACUUUCCCUUGAUAGCAACAUCGAUCAGAUCUAUGGUGGUGCAUUCAUCAACUGCCCCAAUCUCCAGUCGAUCAAGCUUGAUUCUAAAGACAGCCGAUAUCGCUUCAGCAACGGUGCACUCACCAACUACGAAGAAACGAACCUUAUCACGUUCAUUCCUUCUAGCCUGAUCGACACAUACAUUGUCCCAGUUACUAUGACAUCCAUUGGGAACUAUGCGUUCAUGUCAUGUCCUAACCUUGUUCGUGUUCUUUUCAGCGGCAACAGCAUCCAGACUAUUGGUCGCGAAUCAUUCAAAGACUGUCCUAAGCUCUCAUUCCUAUAUGUCACUAGCAGCAGUCUCACCAGCAUUGGUGAAAGUGCUUUUGAUGGAUCUCCUCUUCUCUGUCGAUGCGGUUCAGUUCGCUGCGACAAGAACAAACGCGAUAUGUUCAUUUCUAAGGGCAUCCCUACUAUUUCAUUCAAAGUUGACUGUUCUUAUGCAGGUGGCUCAUGUGGUCACAAUCCAACUCUUAUAUCCAAUUUAUCACCAAUACUCAUUACUCCUUUAAUUGUAAUGUAA